AUGCCACACCGCAUUUUACAGCGAGCAGCGACGGACCAAGAGAUUGAGGCGUGCAAUGCUUUGAGGCAGUUGUUGCCUCAAGUCGCGCAUUAUUCCACCUCCACUCUGCUCAGAUGGCUUCGCUCCAAGGAUGGGAAAUUCGAUGAGACCGCCGAGGGUUUGAAGAAGAACGCCGUCUUCCGAAAGGCCUGGGAUCUGGACCGAAUCGAGCGAUGGACCGCACCUGAGGUGGGUAUUUUGUAACCGAAUUUUUUACCUCGUGCUUUAAAGUUCCCCUCCUUUUAUUGAUACCAGUCUGUCGGGAAAAUAAUAAGCAAAAUGUCGCUUCGCCGAUCGCUGAAUUAAAAGCAAUUUGAUUUUGCCGCGACACAAUUCAUUUUCUUGGCGGAGACGUGAUUUUCGAUGCAACAGAGUGCUCAUUAUUUUCCCGACAGACUGAUAUUACCAUUUUCAUAAAGUGCAUAGACAUUUAUUGUAUUUUUUCGCUGUCCGCACCGUGCACAAUAAGCUCCCCAUUUUGCACCGUGCAGUUCUCCUUUUUUUAGUUUCGCACUGUGCAUCAGAAAUAUCGUCGCGACGCAAAAUUUCUUAAGCGUCGCCGCGGUUUCACCGUAGAAUUUGCACAGUGCAAACGGCUUUUUAUGUGGUUUGUACUGUGCGAAAAGUUCAAAAUGCACUGUGCGUCGGCGACAAGCGCGGGAAAAAGUUCAAAAUGCACUGUGCGAAACAGAACAAAUGUCCAUGCACUUUAUGAAAAUAUUAGUAAUCAUUUGAAAGCCAUUUUUGUAUACAACUCUUUCCUUUUUUGAAGUGACAUCAACCCUUUUACAGCGAACCCACGGUUACAACGCCAUUCACUAAAGACUCCAACUUUUCGGGGGGAACGUUAAACCGUUCUUUAAUUUUCGUGGUCAGUCAUAAAAAGAAGCUUUCGCAGCGAAACCGGUUCUCCAAAAUGGUUGGAAAACCCUUACAAAACAAAAACAUCGAAAAUUUUUGGACAGUAUAAACAACAUAAAAAUUGUAAAACCACAAAUAAAAAAUAUUGAAAAGAUCCCCGUAUUUUACCCCAAAUCCUUUUGCAGAUUCUCGAGAAAUACUGCGGAUAUGGCUUUUUGUCGGACCGCGAAGGCAACCCGAUUCUCAUGUCCUUGUUGGGGAAUAUGGAUGUGGAAGGAAUGCUGAGGUCGGUGGAAAGCAAGGACUAUAUCAAAUUCUCAUUGGCUGCUAUUGAAAAAGGAAUCGAGCUUUGUCAGGAGCGCGCUAAACAGGUACAGCAAUAAUAUCGUUAUAAAAGUCAUCGUAUUUUAACCCAUUUUUCGUUACGUUUAUCUCCGCCUGUAGGGAAAAUAAUGUGGAUUCGCCGCGCCUUGGAGAAAUCCACAUUAUUUUCCCGACAGACUGAUAGCAGCCGUUAAAAGUUCUAGUUGACAAAAACGUAAAAAAAACAUAACGACUGUCUAUUUAUCAGUGAGACGCCCAAUUUGGUGCCAAAAGUAUCGCAAAGAUCCAAAAGAAUAUUGUCGCUUCCAAGGGGAGAAGAUGCGUCUUUCUUCUGUCCUCAAAAGCGACAAUAUUCUUUCGGCCUCUGCGUCUACUUUUGGCACCAAAUUCUGGCUCUUCAUGAUACUCUUUUCGACCUUUUUAUCGACUGGAAUAAUCCUCUCGAUAUCCGAUAAAUCAUUUUUCAACAUCUACUUUCCAGACCAACCGCCCAUUCGAGCAGAUGAUGCUGGUAUUCGAUUUGGACCACAUCACCUCAGCCCACUACAGUUCCAAGCAGUUUGCCAGUUCGUUUACCACCCUUGUCCUCCUUUUCCAAGACCACUACCCGCUGGUUCUGCGGAAAAUCCUGAUCAUUCGCGCCCCGGAAAUGGCGAGAAUCGCGUUCAAUUCGAUGACACCGUUUUUGUCGGAAAGUAUUCAGAAUUUGAUAGAAAUGCCUUCGGAAGAGUCUUGGCAACAAGCUUUAAACCAAUACGUAGAUUUGGAUGCUUGGCCAGUGCAUUGGGGAGGACGAAUGUGCGAUGAAAAUGGGGACCCAAAGUAAGUUUAGGGACCUUUUUCAAAAACAGUGGGCGACCUGAUCCAGUGGCAAAAACCGUAUCUUUUUGCAUAUUGAAGUAUCAAAAAUGUGGCAAAAUGCUUCCCUCUCCAAGUGAAAAAACUUCGUUUUAAAGGGCCGCCUUUCAAAUCGGAGUUUUUUCGCUUGGAGAGGGAAGUUUUUGCCAUAUUUUUGAAAAUUCCCGGAUGCAAAACGGGACGUUUUUUGCCACUGCAUCAGGUCCAAAGACUGUACACCUCGUCAUUUACUAUUUACGGGCCGAUCUUUAUCAGACCAGCCACGGUUCCUUCCGGCCUUCCCCUAUGACCUUUUCCAACAAUUUUCCAUCAUUUCAGAUGCCCAUCAAAGAUCCGCUACGGUCUGGGCCCGGUGCCCGACACCUACUACGUCGACAAAAACAACGCCAUGCCCGAUUACGAUCAGCUGACCACCGUAUAUGCGGGCGACAAACAUCUGAUCGAACUCAAGGUCAAAGCGGGCACACGGAUCAGGUGAGAAAAAUGGGAAAGUAUCAAAAAAACUUCAAAAAAUCCAAAAAUCAACAAAAUUUCGGCUGACACUGCAAAAAACAUUACAAUAUUUUACAAGUUCUGCAAUGUAUAGUCUUACUGAACAGAUGAAACGUUAGUGAGAUGAAAUUAUGGUAUCAGACAGCCGGUUCCGACCAUUUUUAGUCAAAAGUCACCUCAAAGUGCCUAUUAUAAUAUAAAUUUUCUCUCAAUUUCAGCUGGCAAUACAUGACGGACGAAGACGACAUUGGAUUUGCAAUCUACUUUGACCAAACCGGAACCGCAAACUGCCUGACCGAGAUGGAAACAGUCUAUCCUUACAUCCGACUCGAAUGUUCUCAAGUCCCAAUUUCUGGCACAUUUUUGUGCGAACAAUCCGGUCGAUGUAAGUCUACAGUCUAUUAUAAGCCCUCUACUGCUCAAAACAAGCCAUCAAAUUCAAUUUACUUCCUUUUCGAAACAAAAAUUAUAUUACACUACAGAAAUCCCAAAAUUUAACCGCAAAUUUUUCAGUUAUCAUUGAAUUCGACAACUACUACAGCUGGUUCGCCGCCAAGAUGUUGCGCUACAACAUCGACAUCGACGAGCCCAAAACGAGUAAGGUCUCGGUGACCAAAACACCAAACUCCUCUAAUAACACGGUUUCCAUGUCCACUUAA